AUGCGUCCUGUUCAUGCUUUCGUUCCUCUGAUCGGUGCCAUUGGCGCGGUCGCAACUCAGCCUUCUGAUUCAUGGGUAUUUGGUGACAGCCUCUUCUAUCUUGGACCCCCCGCCGGAAAUUCCCGAAUCACCAAGGCUACUUACUCCAUCUUGCCUCCUUCUGUUCCAUCGGGGGCCACCGUCUCUAAUAACGAUGACGAGGUUUGGGUCUCUGUCUGGGUUGGGGCAUCAUCGAGUGCUGGCAGCGAUGACUAUGACCUCUACCAGCCCCUUUUCAAUUGGUCUCUUGACCAAGAAUCGCAGGGUUGUUCUGCCUCUGUGGGAGAGUGGUGUGUGGCAGCGAGUACUUAUACUCCUGAGGGCCAGAUCGGUCAGAACUACGUGACUGUUCCCAAAAACACUAUAGUGGACUUUGAAAUCGCUGUCGAGGAUGAAAAGGUCAUCCAGAUCGUCACUAUUGAUGGGGAGGUAGUCUCCAAGCAGAGCGACACCCUCGACGCUGCCCUCCAAUAUCUCUACUCCAGCAACGAAUGCUAUACCGGGUCUGGAAGCUGCGGCUCGCUCGCUGGUUACACCAUCUCCAACUUGACCAUCACCCUCAGCGAGGCCGACAAGGGUUUCGCUGAUGUCAUGUCCCUAGACAGCGUCACGGACAAGAACUUCAAGAGCACCGAUGGAGGCAUCACCUGGCACGCGGACUGGAUCAAGGUUUCUGCCAUCGACUUCGACUCUUCCAGUGACACUGAGGUCGACUACUAA